AUGCGUUCUGCUCAAUUCUUUGCCCUGGCGAUGGCCGUCGCCACCUCCGAGGCCGUUUCUCAAGGUUUCAACUACGGUGCCACCAAGGGUGAUGGCAGCGUCAGGACCCAGGCCGACUUCGAGACCGAGUUCCAGACCGCCAAGAACCUCGUCAACACCGACCAUGCCUUCACCAGUGCUCGUCUGUACACCAUGAUCCAGGGUGGCACCACCAACGGCCCAAUCGAGGCCAUUCCCGCUGCUAUCAAGGAGAAGACCGAGCUCCUCCUCGGUCUCUGGGCCUCCGGUGGCACCAUGGCCAACGAGAUCGCCGCUCUGAAGACCGCCAUCAGCACCUACGGUGAUGAGUUCACCAAGCUGGUCGUCGGUAUCUCCGUCGGCAGUGAGGAUCUCUACCGUAACUCCGCCAUUGGCGCUGGAUCCUCUGCUGGCCCCGGUCUCGAGGCCUCCGAGCUCGUUGACUACAUCAACCAGGUCCGUUCCGCCAUCUCCGGCACCUCUCUGAGCGGUGCUCCCAUCGGUCACGUCGACACCUGGAACGCUUGGACCAACAGCUCCAACGCUGCCGCCAUUGAGGCUGUCGACUGGCUCGGUUUCGACGGAUACCCUUACUUCGAGAACACCAAGCCCAACUCCAUCGACGAUGCCGAGGGUCUGUUCCAAACUGGUGUCAACAACCUGAAGGCCGCUGCUGGCGACAAGGAGGUCUGGAUCACCGAGACUGGUUGGCCCGUCAGCGGUGAACAGCAAGGUCAGGCCGUUGCCAACGUUGCCAACGCUAAGCAGUACUGGGACGAGGUUGCCUGCCCUCUCUUCGGCAACACCAACACCUGGUGGUACAUCCUCGCCGAUGCUGGUGCCAGCCCUAGCUUCGGUAUCUCCGACUCCGACUCCAACACCACUCCUCUGUUUGACCUGAGCUGCAAGUCUGCCACCAGCUCCGCUGCUUUCGCUUCCGGUACCCCCACUGCCUCCGUCGGUGAGAAGGCCGGCUCUGGCGCUGCCUCAGCCACCGGUACCUCUGGUGCCUCUUCUGACUCUGGUGCCUCUAGCUCCAGCUCUGGCUCCAGCUCUAGCUCCGGAUCUGGCUCUGGUGCUGGUGCCGCCGGCUCCUCCGCUGCCCACUCCUUCACCGCCGUGCCCAGCGGAACCCGCCCCUCCACCACCCCCAAGGCCAAGAGCUCUUCCGCAUCCGUCUCCGCCUCUGCCUCCGGCGCUGCCUCUACCUCCGGCUCUGGCUCUUCCUCCGGAUCCUCUGGCUCUGGCUCUGGCUCUGGCUCUGGCUCUGGCUCUUCCGGAUCUGGCAGCGGUACUUCCGGCUCCGACUCCGGCUCCGGCACCUCUUCUUCCACCUCUGCCUCCUCUUCUCCUAGCUUCAACUCCGCUGGCCGUGUCACUGGCUCGGCUUUCGGUGCUCUGAUCGGUGCCCUCGCUCUCGCUUUCACUUUCUAA